UUUUCCAUCAAUGGGAAGAAAGUGGAUAUCUCCUACAGUUUCCUGGAGAGCCACACUAUCAGUCAGUGCUACGAUAACUCCCCGUGUGACCGGAUGCCAUGCUUGCACGGUGGGCGCUGUAUGCCAACGGGAGAAUAUGAGUUCCAGUGUCUGUGCAUCGACGGCUUCAAAGGUGAUCGCUGUGACUCACACGAGGAUCGCUGCCAGAUACACAAUCCCUGCAUCAAUGGUGGCAUCUGCAAGGACAAUCGAUGCCACUGCCCAGAGGGCUUCUCCGGAACGUUGUGUGAGCGAGGCCCACCAGCUGCCAAUCUGGAUGACGGCGGGCACGAAGGGAGUGGGGGGAAUGACUCGCCAGGAGUUUACGGAUCCUACUUCUCUGAUGACUCUUUCAUAGCCCUCCCAAGACAAAUCUUCCCCAGGAGUCGCCCGGACGCUCCGGAAACCAUUGAGCUGGAGGUCCGCACCACUUCUACACACGGUGUGAUUCUGUGGCAGGGAAUGGAGGAAAAAGAGAAAGGCAGAGAGAGGGACUUUAUCAGCCUCGGUUUGAAGGAUGGCCACCUUGUCUUCAGCUACCAGCUGGGCAGCGGCGAGGCCAACAUCAUCACAGAGGAUCCCAUCAAUGAUGGAGAAUGGCACAAAGUCACAGCCGUCCGGGAAGGGAAAGCUGGCUCUAUUCAGGUGGACGGGGAGGAACUGGUCUCUGGAAGUUCACCCGGCAAAAAUAUUAUGGUGGACACAAAGGCAAAAGUAUAUCUAGGGGGGGCGCCUGAUGUAAAGGCGGUGACCGGAGGCAAGUUCUUCAGUGGAAUUACUGGAUGCAUCAAGAACCUGGUGCUUGUAAACGCAAGGCCGUCUCACCAAGCGUCGCAGCAGCCCAUCGACUUACAGCAUCACGCGGAGACGGGUCAUAACACCAAAGAGUGCCCCUCGUAGGGGGGACAGCGGCCCCCUACCGGCACUGCUACAGCAAUCCAGAGACUCUUUUUUUUACAAUAAAAUAAAAAGACAGUGACGAAAUGGAGAAUAAUGUAAAUGGUGCUUUUGCUGCUACCAAAAAAACUAGCGGUGGUGCUAAAGGAAGUAUUUGGAUUGCAGAGUUCUGUGUUACCUAAGCAGGAUUUCUUUUUAAUUAUUAUUUUUUUUAAGGUCUUCAGAUUUCCGUGUUUUACUGCUGGAUGAAGGAAAUGUCUAUGUGCUGAACCAGAUGUAUGUUUUUUAAAGAAAAUGAUCCCCUAACCAAAACAGCCAGAAAUCCAAAUCCGUGUAAUGUAACCUCCGAGGCGCCUCAUACUCCAAAUCUGUUAUUUUAUUGUCUAUCUAUAUAUAUAUAUAUAUAUAUAUAUAUUGACCUGGAGACGUUUCAGACCCAAUGUACCAGGGGGGAGUUGAACAAUGUGAGAAUAUUUGCCCCCCGCACCCGGUGACCCUGAAGACUUAUUGUCCAGCCUUCUAGACACAACAAACCACUGGGCCUCUGAUCUAUAGACUGUGGCCGUACGUUGUGCUGGGAUGGAGGUAGGAUCCGGCCUGCCCCAGUCACAGGUUUCAUAGUGCGUCUCAUCUCUCCGUAUACUGCAGUAUAAUCCUCACAGUCUAUAUUGCAGGGAGUAAGGGCCAGCUGCCGCCCAGAUGGGGUGGGGUCUCUAUUGCAGGGAGUAAGGGGCAGCUGCCGCCCAAAUGGGGUGGGGUCUCUCUAGCAGGGAGUAAGGGCCAGCUGGCGCCCUGAUCGGGUGAGGUCUAUAUUGGAAGGCGUAAAGGGCAGCUUUGCCCAGAUGGGGUGAUGUCUAUAUUGCAGGAAGUAAGGGCCAGCUGCCGCCCGGGUGGCGUGGGGUAGGGUCUAUAUUGCAGGGAGUAAGGGGCAGCUGCCACCUGGGUGGCGUGGGGUAGGGUCUAUAUUGCAGGGAGUAAAGGGCAGCUGCCGCCUGGGUGGCGUGUGGGUAGGGUCUAUAUUGCAGGGAGUAAGCGGCAGCUGCCGCCCCGGUGGCGUGGGGUCUAUAUUGCAGGGAGUAAGGGGCAGCUGCCGCCCGGGUGGCGUGGAGUCUAUAUUGCAGGGAGUAAGGGGCAGCUGCCGCCCCGGUGGCGUGGAGUCUAUAUUGCAGGGAGUAAGGGGCAGCUGCCGCCCGGGUGGCGUGGGGGUAGGGUCUAUAUUGCAGGGAGUAAGCGGCAGCUGCCGCCCCGGUGGCGUGGGGUCUAUAUUGCAGGGAGUAAGGGGCAGCAGCCGCAUAGAUGUGGUGGGUUUUUUAUUUUUUGUAGAAGGUUGUCUGAGACUCCAUAGGAAAGAAGCUGGAGCAGCGUCUGGCUGAUCACACAUCUCAUUCGUUACGUUGCGGUCAGAGCCCCGGCCUCUCCAUGGCUGCCUGGUCUGUAUUAUGAAAGGAGCUGGAGCGGCAUCUCGCUGGUCACACAUCUCAUUCGUUACGUUGCGGUCAGAGCCCCGACCUCUCCAUAGCUGCCUGGUCUGUAUUAUGAAAGGAGCUGGAGCGGCGUCUCGCUGGUCACACAUCUCAUUCGUUACGUUGCGGUCAGAGCCCCGACCUCUCCAUAGCUGCCUGGUCUGUAUUAUGAAAGGAGCUGGAGCGGCGUCUCGCUGGUCACACAUCUCAUUAGUUACAUUGCGGUCAGAGCCCCGGCCUGUCCAUGGCUGUCUGGUCUGUAUUAUUUAUGUUGUAUAACACACUGAGUAUAUUAUAAAGGUUCAUGGACUCUUAGUUCAGGUCAAAAUUACUUUUUCCAAUAAAAUCAUUCCUCUCCAAC